AUGUUGACGCUCUCGGUGCGCUGCCAGCGCGUCUCCUGCCAACUGUUUGCUUCGUCGUCCACGACUCCGCUCGCUCAGACGCGUAGCUAUGCGACACAGCCAAAGAAAGGACAGAUCGUAAAGCAGGCUUCGCAGGGAUUCAAGGGGAAGAAGAACACUCCUUCAGGUCAGAUGGAACAUGGAAAGAAGGAUAAGAAAAUGAUGGCCUUCCAACCGUUGCCUGUCUCACAACUUCCGCACCCGUUAUUUGAGAGUGAUCGUCCAGACACCCUUGCCUUGCAGUCAUUCCAUCCCGAAAUGCUUACGAGGGUUGUCGAGUCUCAAGCACUCAAAUUCCCCCAUAAUGAAAGUGAUCCCUUCCGUAUCUUUGGGUUACCGAGAAAUAUCCUUGUUGAGUUCCGCCUGCUUUCCAAGCCCUGCAGCGUUAUACGUUCUGUGACAAUCGACGCAAUUAACAAGUUAGACGCGGCAAGUGAUAAGAACAGCAAGGAGUCUAGGGUUGUCUUGACUGGACCCCAGGGCUGUGGAAAGAGUUAUCUUCUCCUGCAAGCCUUACAGUAUUGCAAUGCUCGCGAUUGGCUAGUCCUCUACAUCCCUCGAGCAACUAAUCUUGUCAACUCCACAACUGCCUACACUUACGAUAUGCGAACUCGAACAUACUCUCAGCCAAUCUUUGCUUAUCAAACUCUCCAGCGCUUUCUCAAGGUCAAUGCACUCCGGCUUGAACAGUUACGCACCCAGACCGAGAUAGAAAUAGAACGUCGCCCUCCGGUGCCCCCUGGCACACCCCUCGUGGAGCUCAUUAAUAUUGGCCUCAAGGAUCAGGGUCAUGCUCCGACAGUGCUUGGUGCUGUGCUAGAAGAAAUUGGGAAGCAGACAAUUUUCCCGGUGCUUCUGGCGGUUGAUGACUUCCAGGCAUUAUAUUGCAAGUCGCACUAUCGUGACCAACAUUUUUCGGCUAUCAAGUCGUACCAUCUUUCAAUGCCACGCCUUCUGCUCGAGUACGCAUCUGGACAGAAGUCAUUUGCCCGUGGUGCAGUCUUUGGUGCGAUCUCGAUGGGUAACACAACAUUCCCACUACCUCUGGAGCUCCGCGAAGCUCUUUCUCUCGAGCAUGACCGUCCCUAUGGACCAUAUGUCAAGCGACAACCGGAGCUCGUAGAAUACGCCCGCGGCCUCGAGAGGCUGGCAGUACCCGGUAGCCUGAGCGUGCCCGAAGCAGCAUCGGUUUUCGAGGUGUGGAUGAAGGACCGGGCAGUGCCUUCAAAACCCAAUGAUGAAUUGUUUCUGACAAAAUAUAGCGAGGCUAGCGGGAAUGCAAGAGCGUUUGUUUGGAAGGGAUUGUUGUCGUCCAUGUCAGCAUAG